AGUUUCAAUCGCCGCGCCGUAACCGGAUAAACAGAGGACAUGGAGAAUCGACAUGUUUUCAAGGCAACGUCGAGCAGCGAGCGAUUAAGUGGUUACCGAUCUCCAGUUACGCAUACCACGAAGUGCGCAGAGCUAUACGUACACGCCUGAUGCGACCUCUACGGACCUUUCUCCCCUCACCGCCAUGCAGUGUUCACCGAUCAUCGACAAACGUCAGCAGACGCAAUGGACUCGCCAGCAUAUCAACCCAUCUCAGAGGUCGUGGAGGAUGCCGCGGCCGACGACACGCGCCGGAGAAUCCCGACCUGGCCGCCGCAGACCGGACGGAUGGCAGGGCGGCGCCAGUUGCAGGCAUUCGCUCGCGGAUCGGGGCUCGGCCCCGUGCUUGGCGCGACCCCACCACCUCCCGGCGCCGGGGCGCCGGUCCCGAUAGCCUUCGUGGGAAGUGGACGCGGGCGCCCUCAGUCCGACGUAUGGAGUCGGUCGACGGUUCGCCGACCACCGCCUAGCACCGCUAUGCAUGCGGUUACGCACACCGGCACGACCAUGGACGCCGUGACGCAGACGACAUGCGAGGUGCGCAACUGCACGCACCCGGUGCACGCCAUGGCACCGCGCAGUUGCCCGUGGAGCGCGUGGCACGAGCCGUCGCGCUCUACGCCACCGUUGUCGAUGCGGCAGAGUACCCCGCACUCACCCCCACCACCAUAUGAGGAGAGGAGCGCGAGUGCUGGGUACCCGCCGCCACCACCGCGAUACGCCACACCAUCGGCGGAUCACAACGACGACGACGACGGCGACAACAGGGCGCGCCAGCCCAUUUACAUAAUAGUUAUUCCUCGUUAGCCAUACCACUGUUUCAAAUCCCUCUGCUCACCCCCCCUCUAUUUUACUCUAUGUAUUACGCCACUAGGUAGGCGUGUUAUUCGCACUACCGUUGUAAAGGUUCUGUAAUAGACUAGAGAUAGAUAAAGACAAGACAAGAAGUAACGUUCACUAGUGUUUUACUACAUCAUACAAACAUGAAGUCUCAGUGUACUACCGAAUAGAAAGAGCGUUCAACUGCAUAGUACCCGUAUCACGCAACUUACACCUUUCUCAGUCGGUGUCUUCUACAAAGAACUCACGUUUUUAUAUUUAUUUGUACCUAUAUUACAAUUACGUAUGUUGAAGUACACACGCGUGUGUAUUAGCACGUGCAUUCACGAUUGAAAUACUUUUUAAUAAAUAUACUCUAACUAAA